AUGCCAGUUGACAAGAUCGGAGUAUCGGGUGACUCCCGUAUUGAGUAUAAGACCGCCACACUCAACGGCCAUAACUACUCUUACCUUCUCAGCCAGCCUAAAUCAGGGGAAUACGAAAGCACUGUUUUUCUGAUCCAUGGCUUCCCCGAUCUCUCCAUCGGAUGGCGAUAUCAGAUUCCCAUGAUCGUAGACAUGGGUUUCCGGAUAGUAGCUCCCGACUGCCUCGGAUACGGACGAACAGACGCCCCAGACGAAAUCGCCCCGUAUUCCCACAAAAGCUGCGCAGCAGACAUCAAAGCCCUAGCAACCCAUCUAGGCGAAACCCAAAUCAUCCUAGGUGGACAUGACUGGGGCGCAGUACUCGCUUACCGCGUUGUCCUCUGGUACCCGGAGCUAGUAAAACAUAUAUUCACAGUCAGCGUGCCUUAUUCACCACCCAUGACCAAGAAUAUCUCUAUCGAAUACAUGGUCCGGAACUUGUCACCGCACUUCGCGUACCAGCUACAGUUCAAGAGCGAGAAAGUGGAGAAGGCUAUUCGGUCUAAGGCUGAGAUUCGCCAGUUUCUGAUUGCGCUCUAUGGGGGUCGUACGCAGGAGGGCGAGGUGGGGUUCGAUGCCAAUAACGGUGUUUUGUUUGACAAAAUUGGCCAGUUGAAGCCGUCGAGGUUGUUGAGCGAGGAGGAGUUGGAUUUUUACACGGAUGAAUUUGCUCGCAAUGGGCUUCAUGGACCACUUAAUUAUUACCGCACUGGUGACUUGGACUAUGACGAUGAACUUCCUAUUCUCGAGCGCGGGGUCCAAAUUCCUACCCUGUUUAUCCAAGCGCUGAGAGACGAGGCUCUGCCGCCUUAUUUGGGUAAAUCUAUGGGGCAGCAGGUCCCACGGCUGACCCUGGAGCAGGUUGAUACUUCGCACUGGGCUCUGUGGGAGAAGCCCGAGGAAGUCAAUGAGAUUAUUAGGUCUUGGUUGAAUCAACAAUAUUUUGCUGAUGGAAGGUCUGGCAAGCUCUGA